CAAAAUUGAGAUUGUCAGACAGUAUAUGGCACGACUCAUCAAUGCUUUUGCCUCUUUGUGUGAUGGACGCAUGUACCUGUCUCAGAUACCCUCUUUACUGAGGUUUGGGCUUGAUUCUCUGAAGAAUGAAGAGAAAGAGUCUGUAACUCAAGAAAACCUUCUUGCAGCUCUGCAGAAACUCAGCCUCAGGUGAGCGCAGCAGUCUGCUAUGAUCAGAGACAGUCUGAUUGGCUGGUUGGUCAAAGAGCUCCACGACUCAGACUGUCUGUCUGACUACAUGCUUGAAUAUGCCAUCUCCCUCCUCAUGAACCUCUGUCUGCGCACUCAAGGAAAGACGAAAUGCGCGGAGGAGGCCAAGCAUGUCCUAAAAGUCCUGACGGAGCUCCUGGGACAUGAGAACCAUGAGAUUAGUUACUAUGUGAACGGAGCAUUAUACAGCAUCUUGUCCAUGCCAGAGAUACGAGAGGAAGCCAAACAGAUGAGUAUGGAGGAGAUCUUACACUGUUACAGUAAAGAAGAAAAUCCUGAACUCAACAGGCAGAUUGAAUUCAUCAUCAAACAGCUUAACUCGGUGGACAUCCUUGAACAUGAACCUGAGUCAGAUGAUGAAGAGGAUGACGAUGAUGAGGAAGAUGUUAUGGAGGCAGACCUAGAUAAAGAGGAAGUCCUGCAGCCUCAGCCAAAAGAGCUCAGCGGAGAAUCUUUGCUGACAACAGAGUAUCUCGGGAUAAUGACCAACAUGGUGAAGAUGAAGAGAAGAUCAUACCCUCCAUCGUCUCGCAGCAUAGACAAGCCCCUCCAGCGGCCUGUUACGCCCAGUUCCCACAAAAACAGCAUGUAA